AUGGUAUACAGGUUAAAGAAAGCUUUGUAUGGUUUGAAGCAAGCUCCAAGAGCUUGGAAUAAGAGAAUUGAUGGAUUUCUUGUGAAACUGGAUUUCAACAAAUGCAAAGCUGAAUAUGGAGUGUAUCUGCAGGAAUCAAUGU